CAGUGCUCAAAUUACGCGCCAAAAACUUUCCAAAACUUGUUGAUUCGUCGAUUCUGAGAUGUUUUGAAAAUCCGGAAAGAUGACCAGCGUAUAUCUGAUUGUAGUGUUAUUCUUCUUCGUCGAGAGUCUUCCCGUCGAUCAAAAGGUUGAGAUCGGGUUUGGGUCACUGGACGAAAAUCCGGACUAUCAGCUAGGCGUCACGUAUGAUGAAUAUCCCCUUAUCGUUCCAAAGAAACGAACAGCAAUGUUAGUAAAUAAACUCAUGGUGGCAUUGAAAGAAGCAAUGGAAGAAGAUGUGAGAGAAGAAACAUUUCGAAAUCCCAACAGAUUAGAUGGGUUGUCAUCCAGGAGCAGCAAGCAUUAUCUAAUGUCUGACGACGAUGUGAGAUCGAUGGAUUUACAAAGAAGAGGACAUGGCGGUAUGGGACAACAAAAGGGUAAAAAUUAUUGGAGGUGCUAUUUCAACGCCGUCACGUGUUUCUAAAUAAACUGCUCACAGGCAUUUUGAUUUCAACUAGGGAUAAUUAUAUAACAUCAACAUUUCCAUGAAGUAUGAUUUUUCGAACAUAACAGCUAUUAUUACAGUUAUUAUUGAACAAAAAACUGAAAGAAUAUUGAAUCUUGUAAUGAAUUUCAGCCGCCCUACGAAAUUUGAAAUUUCCGAAGAAUUGACCCACAUGAUCUCAACUCCGACUUGAAUAUUACUCUAUUGAUAUUUAUUGAGAAUAUAAUUUACGAAACUCAGCAUGUUCACUAAAAUGUUUUUUUUUUCAGCCUAGUUUUUUAUUUCAUCAAUCAUUCAAAUUUGAAUUCAAAAAUCUAUCAAUAUUACUAAUUCCACUAUGUGCCAAUAAAUCCUCAAGACAUUCCAGGAGAAUGAAUUACAUCAAGGGACCAAAUAUACUGGUGAUCAUAUUCUGAUUUCAGGAAUUAUGAUAAGAUUUGAAAAAUAGAUGGAUAUCUUAAUUUUCUCUGGGCUAGUUGGGAUAUUCCGUCUGAAAGUCAUUUCAAAAAUAUUCGCUACAAGUAUCAAUAUUUCCUAGUCAUAUAUUAGUCAAUUCGAAAAAAAUCGACAAUUCUGUAUCAAUAGACUAACUAUUUUAUAAUAUCAAAAAGUGAUGCGGAACAUGCUGUGUUCAGAAUAAAAACUGUGUUGGUAGGGCCAUUUUGAAUUCUAACAAAAUCUAUACUAUUUUCAAGAGGAAUUAUUGAAUUGCAAUUGCAUAAAAUUCAAUCAUCAUUUUUCAAACAAUCUCAAUGAGUUUCUGAAUUAUAACGCUACCCAUAAUAAUAGGUGGAAAUGUUUCAUUACAAUUUGUAUCAGUUGUUCUUCUCCGCCAUUUACAUAUUAGGUGAAAUGAUGGAUCUUACCUAGUUUGCAACAUUUGAGUUAUUUCAUUCUAGAAAACAACAUCAGAAACCUUGUAAAAAUUAUAUUGAA